AUGUCUGCCCCGCCACCAUACAACCAAGGCUAUCCCCCUCAAAACUAUGGCUACCCUCAGCCUCAACCUCAAUACGGUGGAGGCUACCCUCAACCCGGCUAUCCUGGACAAUACCCUCAACAGCCUCAAGUUGUGUAAGUCAGAGAGUGCCAUACACUAGCUAUUGCGGGAUGCCAAUAAGUUACCGUCGCCAAAGAGGUAAAAACUCGAUUAAGAAAACCUCAAACUUGAAAUCCAACGGUAUCACGGAGAAAAAUACGUCUCCGGGAUACCUUUGGAUCACAAGUUUGAAGUCCCCUUAAUCUCAUUUUUGACCUCUUCGUGACUUGAACAUCUUUAUCAUCAAUGAUCUAUACAAAAAAUCGCAAAGGAUCAAAAACUUUUUUGUUCAUUCAAGGGUUUCUAUUCAACAAAACCCUUCAACAACAACAAAAUUUUUAAUCCUUUGAGAUUUAUUUGUUCAUCAAACUCACUUUCAAACCGUAAUAAUCAAAUUUUGACCCAAUUUCAGAGUCGUGGAGCGACAACAACAACAAAGGAAUAACGACAACAACUGUUGUUUGUAUGCAUUGUUAGCGUGCUGUUGCGGUAAGUGUUUCAUAUUUUUUAAGCUAAGAAACUAUUUAUUAUUUAUUUAUUAUGUUCGUAUUAACCUGAAACCCCUUUUCCUCAUAAAAACCCAACAUUUCAGGUUGCUGUUUGGCGGAAUGCUGCGAUUAA